AUGACACCCAUACAACUCAUCUUCUUCUUCUCACUCACACUCAUCACUACCAAAAUACUCAAACUUUGUUUUUCCGCAAUCAACGCUAGACAAAGCAGGAAAACCGCGGUCGGUUUCUUCCAUCCAUACACCAACGACGGCGGCGGUGGAGAAAGGGUUCUAUGGUGCGCCGUCAAAGCUAUCCAGGAAGAGAAUCCUGACCUUCAAUGCCUUGUUUAUACAGGCGAUCACGAUGCCACACCUCAGUCGUUGUUCAAUCGUGCACUUGAUCGAUUUGGUGUUACGCUUCUGUCCCCUCCUAAGGUGGUUCAUUUGUACAAGAGAAAGUGGAUUGAAGAAACGACAUAUCCACACUUUACUAUGAUUGGUCAAAGUCUAGGCUCUAUGUAUCUUGCAUGGGAAGCUUUGUGCAAGUUUACCCCUUCCUAUUAUUUUGAUACAAGUGGAUAUGCUUUUACAUAUCCACUUGCUAGGUUGUUUGGAUGCAAAGUUAUUUGCUAUACGCACUACCCUACUAUCAGUUCAGACAUGUUAUCCCGCGUUCGUCAACGCAGCUCCAUGUAUAAUAAUGAUGCCUUGGUUGCCAAAAGUGUUUGGCUUUCUCGGUGCAAAAUCAUAUAUUACACAAUCUUCAGCUGGUUGUAUGGGAUUGUUGGAUCUUGCACACAUCUAGCUAUGGUGAAUUCAUCUUGGACUAAAGCCCAUAUUGAAAAGCUUUGGGGAGUUCCAGAUCGGAUUAAGCGAGUUUAUCCUCCUUGUGAUACUUCAGGACUUCAGGUGCUGCCUUUGGAAAGACCGGCUGAAAUUCCUGUAAUAAUAUCGGUUGCACAAUUUCGACCAGAGAAGGCUCACAGUCUCCAACUUGAGGCAUUUUCAGUUGCCAUUAAGAGAUUAGAUUCUGGCUUGUCGAAACCUAAGCUCCAGUUUGUAGGCAGCUGUAGAAAUAAAUCCGAUGAAGAUAGACUGCAAACCUUAAAAGAAAAAGCAAUUGAGCUGAAUGUGAAUGAACAAGUGGAAUUCCACAAGAAUGUAACAUACAGAGAUUUGGUGGGACUGUUAGCUGGCGCUGUUGCUGGCAUCCAUUCCAUGACAGACGAGCAUUUUGGGAUUAGUGUUGUAGAAUAUAUGGCUGCCGGUGCCAUCCCAAUUGCUCAUAAUUCAGCCGGCCCAAAAAUGGACAUUGUAUUGGAAGAAGAUGGACAGCAGACAGGAUUUCUCGCCAGCUCCAUUGAAGAAUAUGCAGACGCAAUUUUUAGAGUCAUCAAGAUGUCAGAGACGGAGAGACUUCAGAUGGCCGCUGCUGCAAGGAAACGAGCAAGUAGGUUUUCUGAGCAGAAGUUUUCCGAUGAUUUUAAAGCCGCAGUACGCCCUAUUCUCAGUCGUGUUUCUAGAUGA